GUUGCAGAAUAAGAAAUGACGCGCAUCUCACUGUUGCUGGUCAUUUUGUCUCUAGUCGUCGGCUGUGUGCUCGCCGAGGACCCUUACAUCUACUUCACCUGGAAAGUCACCUACGGCACCCUCGCCCCCCUCGGGGUUCCUCAACAAGUCAUUCUCGUCAACGGCGAGUUUCCCGGCCCCAACAUCAACUCCACCACCAACAACAACGUCAUCGUCAACGUCUUCAACCAGCUUGAUGAGCCCCUCCUCUUCACAUGGAAUGGGAUUCAGCAUCGGAAGUGGUCGUGGCAGGACGGAGUCGCCGGCACCAAUUGCCCAAUCCAACCAGGCCAAAAUUUCACCUACCAUUUCCAGGUGAAGGACCAAAUUGGUAGCUUCAUGUAUUUCCCGUCGCUCGGCAUGCAAAAGGCCAGCGGUGCCUUCGGCGGCCUACGCGUCAACAGUCGCCUCCUCAUCCCCGUCCCCUUCGACGAUCCUGCUGACGAUUACACCGUCCUCAUCGGCGACUGGUACACCAAGAGCCACAAAGUGUUGGAGAAGACCUUGGACUCCGGCGUCAGCAUCGGCCGCCCUGCAGGCGUCCUCAUAAACGGACACACCGGCAAGGACAUUUCCGGAAACGACGAGCCGCCGCUCUUCUUCAUGGAAGCCGGCAAGACGUACCGGUACCGCAUCUGCAACGUGGGCAUGAAGGUGACUCUCAACUUCCGGUUCCAAUCACACUCGAUGCUGCUGGUGGAGAUGGACGGCUCUCACACGAUGCAGAACGACUACCAUUCCCUCGACGUUCACGUCGGCCAGUGCCUCUCCGUACUCGUCACCGCUGACCAAGCCCCCGGCGACUACUACAUCGCGGCCACCUCGCGGUUCACCAAGUACACCAUCUCCGCCACCGGACUCAUCCGCUAUAACGGCUCCAAUACCCCGGCAUCCAAAGACGUGCCACCGGCGCCCAUCGGGUGGGCCUGGUCGUUCAACCAGUGGCGCUCCUUCCGGUGGAAUCUCACGGCCAGCGCUGCCCGCCCCAACCCGCAGGGCUCCUACCACUACGGCAGCAUCGACAUCACCCGCACCGUCAAGCUCGUCAGCUCCACCGGGAAGGUCAACGGAAAACGGCGGUACGCCCUCAACGUGGUUUCGCACCAAGACACCGCCACGCCGCUGAAGCUGGCAGAGUACUUCGGCAUCGCCGACAAGGUGUUCAAAUACGACAUCAUCAGCGACGAACCGCCGCCGACGAAGACUCCGAUCCAGAUCGCGCCCAACGUGCUAAACAUGACCUUCCGCAACUUCGUCGAGGUGGUGUUCGAGAACCCGGAGAGGACGACGCAGGCCUACCACAUCGACGGCUACGCCUUCUUCCCCGUCGGGAUUGGGCACGGGAAGUGGACGCCGGAGAGCAGGAAGCUGUACAACAACUUAGACGCGGUGAGCCGGCACACAAUCCAAGUGUACCAGAGAUCGUGGUCGGCGGUGUUGAUGACUUUCGACAACGCCGGGAUGUGGAACCUGAGGUCGGAGCUGUGGGAGCGGCGCUACUUGGGGCAGCAGCUCUACUUCACAGUGCAGUCUCCGGCGAGAUCGCUGAGGGACGAGUCCAACAUCCCCGACAACGCACUGCUCUGCGGCGAGGUCGUCGGCCUGCCCAAACCGCCGCCCUACGUUUAAUCGAUAGUAGUAAUGGUUAAUUAUCCGUCUUAAUUUGGUCAAAUUAAGCAAAUUAAGAUGGGGAU